GACCUCAGAGACCGAGACUGGGACCUCAGAGACCGAGACCGAGACCUCUGAGACCGAGACCGGGACCUCUGAGACUGGCUCCAAACCGGGUCUAACACGGGUCCAGACCUCGUGACAGGGUCUGGACCUGACCUAGUUUAGUCCUGGUUCAUCCUGGUCCUGUUUAUAUUUGUGUUUGUGAACCUGAUCCGGUCCAAGUCCUGGUCUGGUCCCGGUUUAGUCUGAGCUGGUGACAGUUACAUAAGACGACUCUGCCGCUAUGUUCAGUAUGUGACACCGGACCCCCCCCCCCCCACCACACACACACACACACACACACACACACACACACACACACACACACCCACACACACACACACACACACACACACACACACACACACACACACACACACACACACACGGUGGGGGGGGCAGGGGGAGGGUCUCGGUCUCAGGUUUAUAAAAGACCUCAGAGUCCAGAGACCGGAGUUUGGCCGAAAGAGCUUCUGACCAGACCAGAACCGGACCAGCAUCAAACCACCAUCAGGACCAAGAACUGGACCAAGAACCAGGACCAAGAACUGGACCAGAUUUCCUCCAGGACCUGAAGAAACUCAUCUGUGGACCUGAGGACUGAACCAGGUCUAAAUCAGGUCUAAACCAGGUCUAAACCAGGUCUAAACCAGGAUCUCGUCUGGACUUUGAUCUUGUUUUUUUGUUGUUGAUUUUUGAGGCUCGUCGAUAAUUGUCAAUUUUUCAGAAUUGAUUUGCAUUUUGAGCCAAACGACGAAGAGCUGCACCUGUCACACCUGCCCCUGUCACCUGUCACCUCUGUCACCUGUCACCUGCCCCUCUGUCCCUGUUGUCCGUCUCCUGAUUGGCUCCUGAGAUGCUGCUGUCCCCGCCCCCUCCCUCGGCCCUGUCGCCGCCCCCUCUGGCCCCGCCCCCUGCGGUCCUGCGGGAGGCGGAGCGCGGCGUGUUCGCGUUCUACGUGCUGGUGCGGGACGGCGCCCCCGUGUGGCGUCUGGAAGAGGCGCGGCGUCUGGAGGUGCGGGUGUGGGACGGGGGGCGGGGCCAGCUGGCGCCGCUGUCCCCGGGGCAGGCGCUCGUGUACGCGCUCGUGCACGACCGCUCGGACUACGCCGCCGCCCUCCUGCGGCGCCACGGCCUCGCCGCGCUCACGCCCGAACCCUGCGCCUUCUGCACGCGCUCAGUAGGACCCGUGCACCUGCGGCUCGCCGUCCGCUACGACCGACAGGAGGCGCUGCGCCUCAUCCUGGACACGCUCACGGCGAGUCUGUCUCCGGGGGACGUGUCUUCGUACCUGGACUCUCGGGCGUUCUGUUCUCACCUGGACGGCGGCGACGCGGCGGUGGCGGUCGCCGUGGCGAUGGGGCGCUCGCGGUGCCUGCUGAUGCUGUUGGCGUCCGGCGCCGCGGCGACGGGGCUGGAGGCGGGGCUUCGGCGGCUGGAGGCGGGGCCGGAGGCGGGCCGGGGGGCGGAGCGAGAGGCCCUCAGGUGCGUGUAUUUCCUGCUGCUGUUCGGACACGCCCCCUCGCCGCGCCCCCUGGAGGCGGGGCUCAGGGGCGUUCUGGGAGAGCCGCUCUUCCAUUGGCUGUCGGGUCGGGCCCCACCCACUCUCCUCCUGCACGCGCUCAGAAGCAUCGCCCGGACGGCGCCGGAAUCCAUCACCAAACUGCCCCCGGGACUUUUGUAGUACAAAGACUCCUGUAAGAACUACAACUACUGCUACUGCUACUACUACUACUACUACUACUACUACUACUACUACUACUACUACUGCUACUACUACUACUACUACUACUACUACUACUACUACUACUACUACUACUACUACUACUACUACUACUACUGCUGCUACUACUACUACUACUACUACUACUACUACUACUACUACUACUACUACUACUACUACUACUACUGACUACU